UUUAAUCCGGAGUUUGGGGAGGGAGACCUCCUUUGGGGGCGCUUGACGGAAUGGAAGCCGAAAUCAGCCUUUCUCGCCCUGCUGGUUCUCCGAGUUUUGCUGGUAGGGACCCAGAGCGGCUUACGGAGGUCUCCUCACUUCCCAUUUAUCCCUGCAACAACCCUGUGAGACCCUCGCAUCCAUCCCUUUUCUGAAGAUGUAAGAGAGCAUCGGCCCUGAGAUAUUUAGGUUGCUUGAAGAUGCAGCAGAGGAAGGAGUGUAUUUGGCAGGUGCUGUCCUGUAGACUCUUCUGUGUCCCUUCCGCGCUAGCAAAACAGCAUUUCAGGAGAGAGGUCUUAUAAAAUCAUUGUCUUGACUCUUGUUGAUGCUACAGUCCAAAAGAAAGAUGCUUCUACAAUGAAUGCUUCUCCUGAAAGAGUGACUGUAAACUCUCCGACAAGAACGCCAUUUAAAAACACUAAUCCUUAACUGGAACAAGGAAUAAGAGACGGCACCAAAAUGUACGUUAAUCCUCGAAGAGUUAGAAGAUGCCAAUUUAUGCAGAUAUUUGCCACUUGCUUCAUACUCUGUCUCAUGAUAUUUUGGGGACCACUAGAUGACAGUAGUAUUGUGGGCCAUGUGAAGUCCUACUCGUAUAGAUACCUCAUCAAUAGCUACGCUUUUGUGAAUGAAAGCCUGUCUGUUAGCAGGGACAGCAUGGACAGGAUAACAAGCUAUCAAUACUUGAUCAAUCACCAGGAGAAAUGUCACCAGAAAGACAUCCUCCUCCUGCUGUUUGUUAAGAGUUCACCUGAGAACCGCUACCGUCGAGAUGCAAUUCGACAAACAUGGGGUAAUGAAAAAUAUGUCAGCUCCUAUCUAAAUGCCAACAUAAAAACCCUGUUUGCAUUGGGGCAGCUGAAAGACUUUGAACACAGGGAAAACAUGCAAAAAAGACUUCAGAUGGAAGAUGAUAAAUAUGGUGAUCUGAUUCAGCAAGACUUCACGGAUACGUUUCACAAUCUGACCAUCAAGUUACUCUUGCAGUUCAGCUGGGUCAAUAAGUACUGCCCUCAUGCCAAGUUCAUUAUGUCAGCAGACGAUGACAUUUUCAUUCACAUGCCAAAUCUUGUAGCAUACCUCCAAAGUCUUGCACAGAUAGGAGUUCAGGAUCUCUGGAUUGGGCGUGUCCAUCGUGGAUCACCUCCCGUAAGAGACAAGACCAGUAAAUACUAUGUUCCCUAUGAAAUGUACCCGUGGCCUGCUUAUCCUGACUACACAGCUGGGGCUGCGUAUGUAAUAUCCAGCGAUGUGGCCGCUAAAGUAUACGUGGCCUCACAGACGCUUAAUACAAGCCUUUACAUCGAUGAUGUCUUUAUGGGUCUCUGUGCCAACAAGAUGGGAGUUGUACCACAAUAUCACAAUUUUUUUUCUGGGGAAGGGAAGGCUCCAUAUCAUCCUUGUAUUUAUAACAAAAUGAUGACCUCUCAUGGCCACGUAGAAGAUCUUCGCUAUCUUUGGAAGCAAGCUACAGAUCCAAAAGUGGAAAACAUUUCUUCUGGAUUUUUUGGCAGAAUGUAUUGCAAAAUAGUUAACAUCAUGCUGCUAUGCAGAAUACAUUAUGAGGACACUUAUCCCUGCACGGCUGCCCUGUUCUAAUACUUGAAUAACCAAAGUGGACUUACUGAGCCAAAAACAGAAUGAGAGAAACCCCUUAACUGGUUUUUUCCAAGAUGUAUAUACCAAAAAUGUAUGUAAAAUGUGAAUAUUUGCCUCUAAACCAAAUUUAUUCCAUUAACAGCUCCCUCAAAGUACCCUUACAGCUGUUUGAACCCAUUUGUUCCCAUCUGUCCUGGUUUGUAUAUCACCAUCCAAAUGAAUUAAAAUUUGGCUAGAUACCUAUUAACAACUCAAAAGUUUACACUUCCGAAUGCUGAACUACCUGUAGGGGGAAAGAACUAGAACCUGGGAAAAUGCAGGCUUCUUAUAAGAAGUCCGUGUAUUGUAUUUUCCUCUAAGACAAGUAACAUCUAUUGGUGUGAAGGGGUUUCUCCCCCCUGCAAGUUAGUUAAUCGGCAUUUUCUCCCCUUCUCCUUCCCCAUCAAGCAUUAUCUCACCUUGGUUCUACAGUGACUUGAUUUGUUAUGUAUUAUAAUACCAAAGACUGCUGAUCACUUAAAACAAAUCUUCAGAAACGUUAAUGCUACGUAAUAGGUGCUAAAAUGCUGGCUUCAGACACUGGUUCAAACUAAGCCAGCGAUACUGAUGACCAAAACUAAAAGGUAUCUUCGCUCACCGCUGUAGCCUUCCACCAUAAACUAUUUGCAACAGGAAUACAUUCGCAAGAAGAUCACGCUUCAUCUCUGAGUUCAGUAAAACAAUUUAUACUGCGAGAAGCUGAACUGUAAAAUAAACGUGUCUUUGAAAGGUACGUCUAUACAUUCCAACACACGCCUCCCUUCCAGCCCAUCUUCUGCCUGGGCCGUUUCCAGACGGCUUACCUGCCUCCGGAACGUCGCGCCAUCUU